AUGUCUCCCGCCACGGGCCAGAGCAUAUUCGAUUCGCUCAACAAGGCUCAACGUCAGGCUGUAACUUCAAACGCGUCCACUGUCGCUAUUUUGGCAGGACCGGGCAGUGGAAAAACGCAUACUCUGACCUCUCGCGUGGUAUGGCUUGUCGACCAUGUCAAGUAUGAGCCAUGCGAUGUCCUUGUUGCGACGUUCACCGUCAAAGCAGCCCGUGAGAUGAAGGAGCGCAUCGGAAAGGCCCUUGGAAACGGCAGAGAGAAGAAAAUUGUACUCGGCACUUUUCACAGCAUAGCUCGUCGCUAUCUUGCUGCAUAUGGCCAAGCGAUAGGCCUCAAUCCCAGGUUUGGUAUUGCUGACGACUCUGACUCACGUGGCAUAGUCACGAGAAUUUGCAAGAGGCUGGAUGUGCAGCUGGAAGUACCGAAAGCUCGAGCUUACAUCAGCAAGAAGAAAGCAGGCGGCUCCUUUGUUGAAGUACCUGGCAAGAAACACAAGCAGGACAAGUCGGUCGAGUCCCAAGCGUACGAAAACUGUUACAACGAAUACCAGAGCCAGCUGGAACGGUCAAACUUACUCGACUACGAUGACCUCCUCGUACGCGGUGUGGAGCUUCUCCAGAAGCAUCCUUCCUGCGUUUCAAACCUUCAAGCGGUCUUGAUAGAUGAAUAUCAAGACACAAACGGUAUUCAAUUUCAGCUCAUGAAACUGUUCGCUCAAUACCAUAAGCGCAUCACUAUUGUUGGCGACCCGGACCAGAGUAUCUAUGGAUGGCGAUCAGCGGAGAUAAGAAAUCUGCAUCGCUUUCUUCGGGACUUUCCAGGGACUGAUGAAGUGUCAUUGGAAGAAAACUAUCGAUCGUCGAGCUCCAUCCUGGACAUCUCCUUGAAAAUCAUUCAGCAGGAUAAGGAGCGUUAUCAAAAAGCUUUGGUCCCAGUGCAUGAAAGAGCUACUCGGCCAGUCCUGCGGAAACUCAAGAAUCAGAUGGACGAAGCAGACUGGAUCGUGUCGGAGAUCAAGCGGGUAAAAAUAAUGUCAGGAAACAUGAUAAGCGCCGACGAUGUUGCCAUCCUCUUGAGGUCGGCUUCGCUAUCUCGACACAUUGAGAGCGCUCUUGGCAAGGCAGGAAUAGCUUACCGAAUGGUUGGCGGUUUCAAGUUCUAUGAGAGAACAGAGAUCAAGAUCAUUCUAGAUUAUCUGCGUCUCAUCUAUCACCCAGACAAUAACGACGCAGUUGCCAGAGUCAUCAACGUACCGAAGCGUGGAAUUGGACCGGAAACCGUCAAAUCCUUGGUUGAAGAAGCUGAGCGCAAUUCCAUGAGUGUAUGGAGUCUGCUCGUGAAGCAUUGCCGUGGAGAUCGUGCGGCCAAGACAAACAUCAGAAAGCAGACAGAACAAAGGAUCAGCGGCGACUUUUUCAAAAUCAUCAAUGGCGUGCGGGCCCGACUCCAGGACUCUGAGGAGGGAAGAUCCCUUGAUCUAGUCGAAGCCAUCGAACAACUGCUUCGCGAUCUGCAAUUCGAAAAGUACCUGGAGGACACAUGCCCGCAUGACCAUGAAGCACGAUGGGCAAACGUUCAAGAGUUUGUCGGCUUGGCGGGAGAAUUCAUGAGGGAUCAAAAUCUGGCCGAGGAAGACAUGCUCCCAGAAAUUGAAGGCGUGACACAGUUCCAAACGAAUGACAUCUUAGGUCGAUUUCUCGCCAACGUUUCACUUGCGUCCGACAAGCAGACAAAUGACACAGAUGAGGAAGGCAAACCCUUGAUUACAGUCUCGACGAUACAUGCUGCCAAGGGUCUGGAAUGGCCCAUUGUUUUUGUGCCUGGUGUUUAUAACGGCUCGAUACCACAUUCGAGGUCAGACGAUGAAGCUGAAGAGCGCCGACUACUCUACGUGGCGAUGACUCGAGCGCAAGCACUUCUAUAUUUGAGCCACCCACUUCAUAGCUCAAAUGGCGAGAAUACAACGCUCGAGAUGUCCCCUUUCAUUGAGGCCUUGUCAGGCUCUCACUUCCUCCCCCAGGGUCCACCACUCGAUAGACGCGUUAUGUUGCAGGUGGCCAAAAUUCUGAGGCGCGAGCUUCCAUCCGAGGAUGCCAUUUACAAGUCCAUGCCAAUCUUCACUUCAGUCGAAGACAACCUUUUCCCUGUAGACCCCAACGAGGCACAAUCACUUGCCCGCUCCAAAAACGAAGGGGGAUUUGACCAAAAUGGUUACAACAAACGGCGCAAAACCCAACAUACCACUAGCAGCGCCCAAGUGGCACCAGAUUCGGUUGAAGGCUGGAACACUCCAUAUUCCACAACUAUGCAGAGUAGCACAUCUUUUACUCUUCCCGGAUUUACUUCUGCAACCGCACAGCGGGCAGUUGAGGUGGUUGAGUCGCUUAGUCUGGCGUCAAAACCAACCCCGGCAGCCUCAAAACCUAGCACAAACCGUCGCCCUCCAGGGCAGAGAAGUCUGCUUGGUUAUGUUGUCAAGGAGCAUGAUCAGACGAAAGUUCCUGUACCACAGCCAGUGUCAUUACCACCACAACCACGGUUACCCAACAAGUUCCAGAGGCACAACUCAUUGCCAAAAUCGAGGCCAACAACACAGCAUCCGUCCGGAAUUAGUCCCGAAUUCUCCGGCCACAAGCUUGGGUCUUCCAAGCUCUCAAGCAAGCCUUCUCCACCGAAACAUGAGGAACGCUCAGUAGCGAAGCCCUAUGCAUGUUUUUCAAGCUCGCCUACAAAACCAUCCCCCGAGAAGCCAAAUGCUGUAGUAACCGAAGAUGUAGAAAUGGCGACUGCGGACGAGGUUACCCGACCUGCAGCCUCUUAUCACACAACGACGGUUACCGUGCCUCAAGGCAUGAGAGGGUUUAAGAGGCCCGCAGGCUUGAGCAAGGAUGGUAUGGCACCUCUGGACCGGCUUAGGAAGCCGUUCAAGCCGUUGACUAUUAAUCGCGGACCUAAAUGA